CCGGUUAUGAUUGCCACAUGGGAUUUUGGUUUACAAGCUGUCGAAAACGCAAGUUCCAUAUUAGGUAAGCAUGAGAAUACAGGCAAUGAAGCAUUACUCGAUGCCAUCGUACGUGGAAUUGAAUCGGUGGAACUCGAUCCGAAAGUUUCCAGUGUUGGUUAUGGAGGAUUGCCUACUGCAGAAGGAAUACUACAACUCGAUGCUGCUGUUAUGCUCGGCAACGGGAAAGGAGGAUCGGUGUUAUCGUUACAAGGCUUCCCAGCUGCAAUACCGAUAGCUCGUCUGGUGUUGGAGAAAAGUCGACAUCCUUGCCUUUGUGGUUAUGGUGCCCAAAAAUUAGCUGAACAAUAUGGUUUCCGGUCAGUUGAUAAUGCCAAUUUGUUAACACCGUAUGCUAGACAACGUUGGGAACAGUUUCAAAAGCAGAGUGAUCAAGCGAGCAACGAUUUGUGCGAUACUGUGGGAUUGAUUUGUUGUACAUACGAUGAUGUUACAAAGGAAUCAGUUAUUGGCGCAGGUUGUGCAACGAGUGGUGCAGCUUUCAAACAAGAUGGUAGAGUGGGCGAUUCCGCAAUAUUUGGUUGUGGAUUAUAUGCUCAAAAUGGUAUUGGAGCAGCUACGAGUACUGGAGAUGGAGAUGUUAUAAUGAAAUAUUGUUGUGCCUACCAAAUUGUGGAAGAAAUGCGUCAUGGAUUGGGACCACAAAGAGCUUGUGAAGUAGUAGUUGCAAGGUUACGAAGCCAAGUUCCGGAAUGUCAAGCUGCGUUUGUAGCUAUGAAUUGUGCUGGUGAAUAUGGGGCAUAUAGUACACAUCAAGGCUUUUCAUAUGCCAUCUGGAAUGAACAAGGAGUACAAGUCCAUCAAGUAAACUUAUCUGAAAGUAAUUAUCCUAUUUGGAAACACUUAUGUUGAGCAUGAGUUGAAAGAGUUUAUAAAUAUUUUGGUCGGUUCAUUUGCCUCAUCAU